AUGUGCGGCAGCCGCGAAAACAGUACAAAAAAAUAUUGCAACAGGCCACCCAAGACAAGGGGACCGGCCCGCCCCACGCCACCCCUCAGUCAGUCAGUUACUCACCCGCUCACUCACAGCCGGCUGUUUGCCCAUUCCAGCCCAUCAGCACACGCAACCGCCAAACAUUGUGUGGCGUUGCACGACGCAUUUGCAGCCACGCAGCGUGUCCAACAGGAACGCACCGCCAACAACCGGCACGUAGCAGCUCCAUACCCUCCUGGUCACGUGAAGCAUGUCACAGGCGCAAAGAGGCCUCAAAGCCCGUCAACCAAAUCACACUCCCGCGCCGCUGGAUGCUGGAGCGCUCAGUCCCACUGCACCUCUUCCGUUGCCCUUCCCUUUGCCAUUCUUCGCCCCACCCCGAUAGCCGAAACAGUGAACAGAAACACGGAGUAUAUGAGUGUGCAUGUGUGA